AUGAAGGGUGAGGUGAAGGUGGCGUACCAGGGCAUGCCCGGCGCGUACUCAGAGAAGGCGACGCGGCAGCUGCUGGGCUCGUCGGCCAACGUCGUGGCCGUGGGCUACCCGUCCUUCGACGAGGCGUUCCUGGCCGUGCAGCGCGAGGACGCGGACUUCGGCGUGCUGCCCAUCGAGAACUCGCUGGGCGGCAGCAUCCACGCCAACUACGACCUGCUGCUCAAGUUCGGGCUGCACAUCGUGGGCGAGUACGACCUGCGCGUGGAGCACUCGCUGCUGGCGCUGCCGGGCGUGCAGAAGAGCGACAUCAAGACGGUCAUCAGCCACCCGCAGGCGCUCGCGCAGUGCGCGCACACCAUCUCGUCCAUGGGCGCCAAGCCGCGCGCCGAGUACGACACGGCCGGCAGCGCCAAGAUGCUGGCCGACAACCAGUGGCGCGACACGGCCGCCGUGGCCAGCGACCUGGCCGCCGAGUACUACGGACUGCAGGUGCUGCAGCGCAACGUCGAGGACGACGCCGGCAACUUCACGCGCUUCCUGCUGCUGAGCAAGAAGGAGGACCUGGGCCUCGACGCCAAGGCCGGCACGGAGUUCAAGACGUCGCUCGUCUUCUCCUUCGUCGACAGCAACGAGAAGGGCCAGCUCUACAAGGCGCUGUCCGCCUUCUCGCUGCGCGACAUCGACAUGUCCAAGAUCGAGUCGAGGCCCUGGGGCCACACGGCCGAGCAGCAGUACCAGGACUCGGUCGCGGCUUCGGUCGGCGACGACUUCUCGCUCUCAUCCGAGAGCGCGCGCAGGAAGUACAGCUACUUGUUCUACGUGGACCUCAUCGGCCACCAGACGGACGAGAACAUCAUCAACGCGCUCCGCCAUCUGCGUGAGUUCUGCAAGUUCGUGCGCGUGCUCGGCUCGUACCCGACCAAGGGCAAACUGCUGGGCGAGGUGCGCAAGACGCUUGAGGCCGUGGGCGCGUACCAGGCCAACCCGGUCACGGCCUCGCCCGCCGUCGCACCGCAGGAGCACAAGCCCGUGCGCCUCAACAUCGGCAUCUACGGCUUUGGCAACUUCGGCCAGUUCUUGGCCAAGACCAUGGCCAAGGCACACGACGUGCGCGCCACCUCGCGUACGGACUACUCGAGUGUGGCCGCGCAGCUCGGAUGCAAGUACUACUCGUCGGAGACCCAGCUGGAGCAGUUCUUUGAUGGGUUGGAUGUCCUGGUGCUCGGUGUGAGCAUUCUGUCGUUCGAAGGCGUGCUGAGCAAGAUCCCCAAGCACCUCCUCGAGAACCUCGUGAUCGUCGACGUGCUGUCCGUGAAGACGCACCCCAAGCAGAUCAUGCUCAAGAGUCUGCCCGAGAGCGCGAGCAUCUUGUGCACGCACCCCAUGUUCGGCCCCGAGAGUGGCAAGUACUCGUGGAGAGGUCUGCCCAUGAUGUACGAAAAGGUGCGCAUCACCUCCGGCGAGCACAACCACGUCAUGGACAACUUCCUGCGCAUCUUCGAGACGGAAAUGUGCCGCAUGCUUGAGAUGACGUGCGAGUCCCACGACGAGUAUGCGGCCAGCAGCCAGUUCUUGACACACUUGACGGGCCGUAUCCUCAGCGUGCAGGGCGUCAAGAACACGCCGAUUGACACGCGCGGUUUCAAGAACCUCGUCCGUCUUGUCGAAGACACCUGCAAGGACAGCUUCGACCUGUUCCAGGGUCUCUACAAGUUCAACCCCAACUCCGAGCAGCAGAUUCAGAAGUUCCGCGAGUCUCUGAAUGAAGUCACCCAAAAGCUCGGUAACCUGACGGAGAAGUACCCGCAGAACCCGCUGCUGGGCAAGAUCGCCGCGUCCAAGACGGUGGUGAUCCACGGCAUGGCGAAGCAGCUGGAGGCCGAGGGCAAGCAGGUGUGGUCGCUGUGCGUGGGCGAGCCUGACUUCGCCCCCGCGGAGCGCGUGCUGAAGGCUGGCAUGUCCGCUAUGGAGCAGGGCAAGGUGAAGUACACGGACGUGAAGGGCACGGCGGAGCUGCGCACGCUGAUCUCGCAGUACCUGGAGACGUGCAAGGGUCUGAAGUACGACCCGCUGACGGAGAUCCUGGUGUCGAACGGCGCGAAGCAGACGGUGUACCAGGCUCUGCUGACGAUCACCAAGCCUGGUGAGCAGGUGCUGAUCCCUGCGCCGUACUGGGUGAGCUACCCGGAGAUGGUGAAGCUGACCGGCGGCGAGCCCGUGAUUCUCCAGACGAAGCUGUCGGAGAACUACCUGAUCGACCCGGUGGAGCUGGAGAAGGCCCUGGUGGCCAACCCGCGCGUGAAGUCGCUGAUGCUGUGCAACCCGAGCAACCCUGCUGGCACGGUGCACUCGCCGGCGCAGCUGGAGAGCAUCGCUGCGGUUCUGCGCAAGCCUCAGUUCCGUCACAUCCUGGUGAUCGCCGAUGAGAUCUACGAGCAGCUGGUGUACCAGGACGAGGGCGAGGAGAAACGCGAGCACCAGAGCUUCGCGACGCUGCCGGGCAUGUACGAGCGCACGCUGACGGUGAACGGCUUUUCGAAGUCGCACGCGAUGCCGGGUCUGCGCAUCGGCUACCUGGCGGCGCCGAAGUACUUCACGCAGGUGUGCACGAAGCUGCAGGGCCAGCUGACGUCGUGCGCGAACUCGGUGGGUCAGGCUGCCGCCGUGGAGGCGAUGAAGUUCGAAAUGGAGUGUGUGUCGCAGAACAAGGAGCGCAUGACGGAGACGCUGGCGAUCAUGGACGAGAAGCGCAAGUACAUCGUGAAGCGUCUGCAGGCGAUCCCGCAGCUGGAGUUCGCGUACCCGACGUCGGCGUUCUACGUGUUCCUGGACCUGGCUUCGUACUUCGAGGGCAAGCAGGGCGUGACGGCGGACAAGAGCGAGGUGGUGAAGGACGCGGAUGACUUCUGCGAGUACCUGCUUCGCCACUACCACGUGGCUCUGGUGCCCGGCUCGGCCUUCGGCGUGAAGAACGGUCUGCGCAUUUCGUACGCGUGCUCGAUGGAGACGAUUCAGCACGCUCUGGACGGCCUGGAGCAGUCGCUGGGCGGACUGACGUUCACCCCGGUGGCUGGCGGAGCUGUUACCCCGGCCAUGGCUGCUCCUGCUGUGAGUGGAGGCGUUGCGAUCACCCGGGCUCUGUUCCGCGAGGAUGCUCCCCUGACGGAGAAGUACCCGCAGAACCCGCUGCUGGGCAAGAUCGCCGCGUCCAAGACGGUGGUGAUCCACGGCAUGGCGAAGCAGCUGGAGGCCGAGGGCAAGCAGGUGUGGUCGCUGUGCGUGGGCGAGCCUGACUUCGCCCCCGCGGAGCGCGUGCUGAAGGCUGGCAUGUCCGCUAUGGAGCAGGGCAAGGUGAAGUACACGGACGUGAAGGGCACGGCGGAGCUGCGCACGCUGAUCUCGCAGUACCUGGAGACGUGCAAGGGUCUGAAGUACGACCCGCUGACGGAGAUCCUGGUGUCGAACGGCGCGAAGCAGACGGUGUACCAGGCUCUGCUGACGAUCACCAAGCCUGGUGAGCAGGUGCUGAUCCCUGCGCCGUACUGGGUGAGCUACCCGGAGAUGGUGAAGCUGACCGGCGGCGAGCCCGUGAUUCUCCAGACGAAGCUGUCGGAGAACUACCUGAUCGACCCGGUGGAGCUGGAGAAGGCCCUGGUGGCCAACCCGCGCGUGAAGUCGCUGAUGCUGUGCAACCCGAGCAACCCUGCUGGCACGGUGCACUCGCCGGCGCAGCUGGAGAGCAUCGCUGCGGUUCUGCGCAAGCCUCAGUUCCGUCACAUCCUGGUGAUCGCCGAUGAGAUCUACGAGCAGCUGGUGUACCAGGACGAGGGCGAGGAGAAACGCGAGCACCAGAGCUUCGCGACGCUGCCGGGCAUGUACGAGCGCACGCUGACGGUGAACGGCUUUUCGAAGUCGCACGCGAUGCCGGGUCUGCGCAUCGGCUACCUGGCGGCGCCGAAGUACUUCACGCAGGUGUGCACGAAGCUGCAGGGCCAGCUGACGUCGUGCGCGAACUCGGUGGGUCAGGCUGCCGCCGUGGAGGCGAUGAAGUUCGAAAUGGAGUGUGUGUCGCAGAACAAGGAGCGCAUGACGGAGACGCUGGCGAUCAUGGACGAGAAGCGCAAGUACAUCGUGAAGCGUCUGCAGGCGAUCCCGCAGCUGGAGUUCGCGUACCCGACGUCGGCGUUCUACGUGUUCCUGGACCUGGCUUCGUACUUCGAGGGCAAGCAGGGCGUGACGGCGGACAAGAGCGAGGUGGUGAAGGACGCGGAUGACUUCUGCGAGUACCUGCUUCGCCACUACCACGUGGCUCUGGUGCCCGGCUCGGCCUUCGGCGUGAAGAACGGUCUGCGCAUUUCGUACGCGUGCUCGAUGGAGACGAUUCAGCACGCUCUGGACGGCCUGGAGCAGUCGCUGGGCGGUCUUACCUUUGAGUAA